CUCCAGUGAGCGCUGUUGUUGGCACUGUCAGAUCUUAAUCGCCGCUUUUAUCUGUUGUGGUUUUAAAUCGUGUUUUUAAAUAGUCGUUUUCUUUGAUCGAACUUGAAAUGCCUACCAGGACCUCAUUGUCUUUGCCAGAGGAUGUCAAGGAACGGCUGCAGGUGCUGGAUGAAGGUGGAGACAGUUUGUCAGAUGAGAAGUGUAUAAAGGAAAAGCUCAGGUUACUGCAGGAGUUCCUGCUCACUGAUACUCAGGACCAGCUCAAAAUCCUUGAGGACAAGUUAAAGAGCUCCGAGCUUUCCACUGAGGUUUACAUGUCAGAGGUGAAGGCCGUGCUGAAUACAGCUCUGGGAGUUGUCAAGGAGGAUGAAGGAGUGGAGCAGAACAGACAUUCAAACGGCUUCUCUGAAAAUGGGUCUCCCAAAGACAAGGGCGAGCAGGAGGGCGCCAUGGAUACUCGGGAGGAAGGAGAUGCUAUAAAGUCUCCCAGUGCCCCAAAGGGAAGGGGUGGCCGUCGCAGUAAAGCGGACUCUGAGCCCAAGAAAUCUCCAGCCAGUACCAGGGUCACGCGCAACUCUGGAAAACAGCCAACUAUCCUUUCCAUGUUCUCUAGAGUCCCAAAACGCAAGUCUGAUGAGUUGAAUGGAGAAGCCACAAAUGGUGAGGCAGAAGUGAAGCCUGAGGAAGAUAUUACAGAGGAAGAUAUUACAGAGGAGGUCCGUGAAGAGAAACGCCUUAAAACAGAAGCUGAAAAGCCUGAUACUGAGAACACUACUAAUGGCAAAAUCAAGCCUGUGUCCGCAGCCAAGACCCCUCCACCAAAAUGUCCUGACUGCAGGCAGUAUCUGGAUGAUUCAGACCUCAAGUUCUUCCAGGGAGAUCCUGAUGAUGCUUUGGAUGAACCAGAGAUGUUGACUGAUGACCGUCUAUCCCUCUUUGAUGCAAAUGAAGAUGGUUUUGAAAGCUAUGAAGAUCUGCCCCAGCACAAGAUUACUAACUUCAGUGUGUAUGACAAGCGUGGACACCUGUGUCCAUUUGACUCUGGCCUUAUUGAGAAAAAUGUGGAGUUGUACUUUAGUUGUGCUGUUAAACCCAUCUACGAUGACAACCCAUGCAUGGAUGGAACACUGAAUGACCCAAAAAAAAGCACCACUUUCAUCACUCCCUGUAUGAGAGACUUGAUCAAGCUGGCUGGUGUUACCUUGGGCAAGAGGAGAGCAGCCAGAAGACAAGCCAUCCGUCAUCCCACCAAGAUUGAAAAGGACAGCAAGGGCCCAACUAAAGCCACCACCACUAAACUGGUCUAUCAAAUCUUUGACACAUUUUUCUCUGAUCAGAUUGACCAGAACAAUAAGGAUGGAGGUGGUGUGAAGAGACACCGUUGUGGUGUCUGUGAGGUGUGUCAAGCACCAGAUUGUGGCAAGUGUUCAGCCUGUAAGGAUAUGAUCAAGUUUGGAGGCAGUGGCAGAAGUAAACAGGCCUGUCAGAAGAGGAGAUGUCCCAACCUGGCAGUGAAAGAAGCUGAGGACGAUGAGAAUAUGGAUGAGGAGGAAGUGUUGCCGGUUCUUAAGGAGACAAAGAAAAUGUCUCAGGCAAAAAAGAAAAAACAAACCAAGAAUAAGAUCAGCUGGGUGGGCGAGCCCGUCAAGACUGAUGGAAGGAAGGAGUACUACAUGAAAGUGCGUGUGGAGAAUGAGGUAGUGGAGGUGGGAGACUGUGUGUCUGUCAGCCCUGCUGACCCAUCACAUCCCCUCUACUUGGCCAGGAUCACGGCGUUGUGGGAGGAUGGUGAGAAGAUGUUUCAUGCGCACUGGUUUUGCCGUGGUACUGAUACAGUUCUUGGAGAGUCAUCGGACCCUCUUGAGCUCUUCCUUGUGGAUGAGUGUGAAGAUAUGCAGCUGAGUUUCGUCCAAGGCAAGGUCAACGUCCUCUAUAGGGCUCCAUCUGAAAACUGGUUCAUGGAGGGUGGAAUGGAUGAUGACAUUAAAGUGAUCGAAGAUGAUGGCGAAAGCUUCUUUUAUCAGCUCUUGUAUGAUGGUGAUUGUGCUCGCUUUGAGUCUCCUCCUAAGGUCACACCGUCAGAGGACCGCAAGUAUAAGUUCUGCGCCAGCUGCGUAAGGAAUAAGGAACGAGACGUUCAGGAAGUGCCUAGUGUCUAUGAACCCCUGGAGGAUGAGGAGAGCGACUCUAAAGUCUUCUAUGGUUUGGCAACCCUGAAGGGCGAGCAGUACAGAGUAGGGGACAGUGUCUAUCUCCCCCCAGAGGCCUUUAAUUUUGCGUUGAAGGUUGCAAGCACAGUGAAGCGUUCUCACAGGAAGGAUGAUGCUGAUGAAGAUGUGUACCCAGAAUACUAUAGGAAGUCCUCAGAUUACAUCAAGGGCUCAAACCUAGAUGCACCAGAGCCCUUCCGUGUUGGGCGCAUCAAAGAAGUCUUCUGCAACAGACGCUGUGAUGGAAAGCCAGACAGAAUGGAGAUCAAACUGCGUCUCUAUAAAUUUUACAGGCCUGAAAACACUCAUAAAGGACCAAAGGGUGCCUACCAUUCUGACAUAAACCAGCUCUACUGGAGUGAUGAAGAGGUGACCGUAAACAUGGCAGAAGUGCUGGGCCGCUGUCAAGUGGAGUAUGCAGAGGACCUGGUGGAAAGCGUGCAGGACUAUUCGAGCAGAGGACCUGAUCGCUUUUAUUUCCUAGAGGCAUACAAUGCCAGGACUAAGAGCUUUGAGGAUCCUCCCAAUCAUGCCCGAUCAGCAGUGCAUAAGGGCAAAGGGAAAGGAAAGGGGAAAGGUAAAGGGAAGGGUAAAGCAGCCUCGCAGGAAUUGCAGGAUCAGGAGCCGCAAGAGACCACAGUCCCCAAACUGCGCACACUGGAUGUGUUCUCUGGCUGUGGUGGACUGUCUGAAGGUUUCCAUCAAGCAGGUAUUUCGGAGACAAAUUGGGCCAUAGAGAUGUGGGAUCCUGCUGCUCAGGCAUUCAGGUUGAACAACCCAGGCACCACAGUCUUCACAGAGGACUGUAACGUUCUGUUGAAGCUGGUGAUGUCCGGAGAGAAGAGCAACUCUCUUGGACAGAAGCUGCCGCAGAAGGGGGAUGUGGAGAUGCUCUGCGGUGGGCCGCCCUGCCAAGGCUUCAGUGGAAUGAACCGCUUUAACUCGCGCACAUACUCCAAGUUCAAGAACUCGUUGGUUGUCUCGUAUCUGAGCUACUGUGACUACUACAGACCCAAGUUCUUCCUGCUGGAGAACGUGAGGAACUUUGUGUCAUUCAAGCGCUCCAUGGUCCUGAAGCUCACACUGCGCUGUCUUGUUCGCAUGGGCUACCAGUGCACCUUUGGUGUGCUACAGGCAGGGCAGUAUGGGGUGGCCCAGACCAGACGCAGGGCAAUCGUCCUGGCUGCAGCCCCUGGUGAAAAGCUGCCCCGCUUUCCUGAACCUCUGCAUGUGUUCGCCCCACGUGCUUGUUCUCUUAGUGUGGUGGUUGAUGAGAAGAAACAUGUCAGCAAUGUCACUCGUGGAAAUGGAGGUGUUUAUCGCACCAUCACUGUGCGGGACACAAUGUCUGACCUCCCAGAGAUCCGUAACGGAGCUGCAGCUCUGGAAAUCUCCUAUAACGGUGAGCCGCAGUCCUGGUUCCAGAGGCACAUUCGUGGCUCUCAGUACCAGCCCAUCCUCAGGGACCACAUCUGUAAGGACAUGAGCGCCCUGGUGGCGGCCCGCAUGCGCCACAUUCCUCUGGCUCCUGGCUCUGACUGGAGGGAUCUGCCCAAUAUUGAGGUGCGGUUGCGGGAUGGCACCACCACAAAAAAGCUUCGCUACACACACUCCGACAAAAAGAAUGGCCGCAGUGGCACCGGUGCCCUGAAAGGAGUGUGUUCCUGUGCUGAGGGAAAACCAUGCGACCCUGCAGACAGGCAGUUCAACACGCUGAUUCCCUGGUGUCUGCCUCACACGGGUAAUCGCCACAAUCACUGGGCUGGUCUGUACGGCCGUCUGGAAUGGGAUGGGUUCUUCAGCACCACCGUUACCAAUCCUGAGCCUAUGGGCAAGCAGGGACGUGUCCUCCACCCUGAGCAGCACCGUGUAGUGAGUGUCAGGGAAUGUGCACGCUCCCAGGGAUUCCCAGACACCUACCGCUUUUUUGGUAACGUCUUGGACAAACACCGACAGGUUGGUAAUGCUGUGCCUCCACCCCUCUCCAAAGCCAUCGGCCUGGAAAUCAAGAAGUGUGUGCAAGGAAAGAUUGAGAAUGCUACAGAGCCUGUGAAGCAGGAGAAGAUGGAGGUUUGCAACUAAAGCCAUCUCCAUAAAACCGCCGCACAUUUACAUUUGUGUUUGGGAGCGUCUUGACGCAUCAGCCCAUUAAACUCAUUCCAUUUAUCCAUAAGCUGGUCCGGAGCUGACCACUUCAGUGGCAUUUCAAUGGACAGUCUGUGCAGUGCCAUUAUGUGAUGUUUUAUCAAUUUCUCAAUGUGAUUUUAAUCGUGUAUUUGCAAUUAUCCACUCUGAGACAGUGGUAUUAAAUUCUAUGUAGUUUUUAUAUGUUGUAAUAUUUCAAAUAAAGCUCUUAUUCAA